GUAUUCGGCGUUAAGACGUGGACAAGAGAUCUGUACAAUUAUGACCGGAUUCGGACCAUUGAUAUGGCUGUCGAUUGCCGCUUGUCUUCAAGAAGCGAGCGCAUUGGAAUGUUUAAACUGCACUGCUGUCGCUGAACCGAAUUUGUGCAACGACACUACAGUAUGCGCUUCUGAUGAGUCUUGUUAUGUACAAGCGACACAGACAUCACCUGUCACGCGAUACCAGAUGGGCUGCCAAAACAAUGAGUUGUGCACAAGCAGCAAUCUGCAUGGAGGAGCAGAUGUCGUCGGACGGGCCUUAAAUCUUCGCCAAAUGACCGGCUGCCACGAAUGCUGCUUGACUGACGAAUGCAAUGGAAGACUUUGUGAUCACGAAAAACCAACCGCAUGCAUUGACUCGGUGACCGUGGACUGCGCACUUCUAAAUUCACUGCUGAAUCUAUGCUCGGAUGUGGAUCACGCAAAGACGAUAUGUCCAAAGUAUUGUGGACUUUGCAAUCUUGUUGAUGGAAACUGGGCUGACUGGUCUAGCUGGGGUCAAUGUGACGUCACAUGCGAAAAUGGGACACAAUUGCGUACACGCACCUGCACUAAUCCAGAACCGAAAAACGGCGGUACGGAUUGUGUAGGUUCAGAGAAUGAGAAAAAGGUCUGCGUCAGGGAACUAUGCCCCGUUGAUGGCGGAUGGAGCGUUUGGAAUCGUUGGAGUGCUUGUUCUGUGUCCUGUGAUGCAGGACUUGCUACCCGUCAGAGGAAUUGCAAUAACCCUAAGCCGGAUAGAUGUGGUGACCACUGCUUCGGAGAUCCAUUUGAAGCAAGGAUAUGCAUGCAAAGACCGUGUGCUGACGGUGGCUGGUCACAAUGGUCGCCUUGGGGUGUAUGUGAGGGAAGGCAACUUGCGCGAAACCGCAGCUGCAACAACCCUGAACCAUCCAUGUUCGGCAAGCAGUGUGCAGGAUCAGAUAUGCAAACUAAACCAUGCUCAGGUGGUUUGGUUUACUUUAAUGCCCAUGGCCACAGUCUGUUCCAGACAAAUUACUUGACCUACCCUUCUGUUGUUGACAAUCUCGGCCACGGUUAUCAAAGCAACAACGGCUCCUUUGUCGCGCCUGUCGAAGGACAGUUCUUCUUUUCUGCUCAGAUUUGUACAAGCAAUGGACAAACCGUUAAUGUCCAACUGAGACAUGUUCCGUUGUCUGGGUCUGAACUAGCAAUAGCUGGCAACAGAGCGCAUGGCUCUGGGGACUACGAUUGUGCUACUGCUUCUGCUCCAGUGCUCUUGCGUACAGGCGACCAAGUCAGAGUGUUCACGUCAGCGGCAGACAGAAUCCCGUUAUUCGAUGAUCCGACAUCGUUCUGGACUUCAUUCAGUGGGGUUUUAAUUCAAUAGACAUAUAACUAAGCAACUGAAUUGAUGCCGAGCGCAUAUAUAUCUGUAACGCUCGCGAAUGAAUUCAAGUUUUUUUUAUAUACCAACUUGUUGUAUGAAAUUGAUAUAUCUUAACAUUCUUCUUCCGGUUGAUUUAUAUAUAUACAAACACAAGGAUAAAGAUGAAUAUUGCUUGCUAGUACACGAAACUAAACAGUUAAAACUAACAAUAACAUUUUUCGAACAUUAUCAUAAGUCAUUGUCUGUUUAUCCAUGCAGAUUUUGGCCUUCGAAACAUUGAUAUGAUUGGUAUUCAAGACAUUUCGCUUGUUUACUUUGACUAGUUCUUUAUUUCACUUUUUUUAAACGACGCUUUCGAUGCUUUAUGACGAAAUAUAUGUAUAUAACAUCCAUGGAACAAAGUUUAGAAGUGAGCACCUACAUAAGAUAAACAGGGUGAAACAAAAAAAAACAUUUCCUACAUGUUUUGGUGUUAUCGUAGUUGUUCACUUCAGGUAUAAUAAAUAAAGUUAGAUAAAGAUAAAGUUUAAUGUA